CUCAAAUGCAAGUGAUGUCAUGUCACGUCAAAGCUGUGGUCACACAAAGCAACUCAAAGCCUGCCACUGACCAUCGCCUUCCGUCCUGAACUUCCAGCUUUGCACUCUUCGUCCGCUGCCAUGACAGUGCUGAAAGGCAUCCCAUCCAUUCUCCCACCCGAGCUGUUACUCGCUUUGGCCAAGAUGGGCCACGGGGAUGAGCUGGUGCUGGCAGAUGCAAACUUCCCUGCAGAGAGUGUUGGCGCAUCCACACCCUGUUCCGUGAUUCGCUGCGACGCCCUCGGCAUGCCAGAGCUCCUCAGCGCCAUCUUAAAGCUGUUGCCACUGGAUGAGACAUCUUGCCCCUGCGCGCUGAUGGACUUGAUGCCCGAGCACAAGGCUGCCGGGUGGCAAACCCCGAUCUGGGAGCAGUACAGGGCCAUUGUGGCUGAGAACGAGAAGCGCACGGUCGACUUUGAGCUGGUGGAGCGCUUUGCCUUCUACGAGCGCGCGAAGAAGGCGUUUGUCGUCGUUGCGACCGGCGAGCAGGCCCUGUAUGCCAACCUCAUCCUCAAGAAGGGCGUCAUCGGCUCCACAGGCGCCGCAUCCUAAUAUGCGUGUGUGUGUGUGUUGUGUGUGUGUGUGUGUGUGUGUGCAUGUGCGUACAACCACUGUGUGUUCCUAACUUGCUCGGGCUUCCCAGCGCACUCCUGUGUUUGCCUUGAACUCGCAUCCCUGCAUCCCCGCUGACGUGUUCUCACUUGCCUGCCCCCACACCCGGUCAACCCCGAGAUCACAGCUUCAUCAUCUACACUGUUACAUGUUUGCUACUGCACCUUUCAUCAUCUAUUGCAGGAGGAACGCGUUGAGACCUCAAUCAAAUGCAAUACAAGGCCAUGAUAUCAGCUACGCAAAGCAAAGUAACAGUAAAGCAAGUAAGCAAGCACGUCCAAUACAGCGUGCACUCUCAC